GGCGGUCCCGCUGGGCGGCGAUGGCGCCCGCCAGCGCGGCCGUGCCCUCGAUCCGGGAGUCCCUGCAGGCCUUCAACGGCAUGCACAGCGCCGCUGAUGUGCCCGCCACGCUGGGAGCCUGGCAGGACUCGGUGAAGCGCUGGUACCAGGAAGUAUUCUCCGGGGGCAGCGUCCACGCGGAGCGGGAUCAGAUCAGGCCCGCCGCCCGCCGCCCGAACACCUCGGACAUGGUUUCCAUGCCCGCGAGCCCCCAGGUCUCGCGCAGGGAACUGCCCGCGAGGGGAGGCUCGCAGAGGCGCGCCGCCUCCUGCAACGGCCCGAGGGCCAAGGGCGAGCCGCCGGACAGCCGCCGCGCCCCCUCGCCGAAGGCCGGGCCGGACCCGAGGUCUACUAUGCGAAUGCGCUCGGCAGGAAUGGGCAUGUCGCCAAGCAUGUCCAAGCGCGACAUCACGCCGAGCACGUCGGCUGGUGCUUCCGCACAGGGGCGGAGUUUCCCGGACGACCUGCCGUCGACCGAGGCUUCCAUGCCCUCGGCCACGCGCGCGAACGGCUCCUACGCCGUGGACAUGGAGGACUUGCUGGACCAGCACGUGGCGUACUACCUCCGGACGCACCCCGAGGCACGCGGGAGGCACGCCGUGUCGCGCAAUCAGCCGGGAGUGUACCUGCUCGAUGGCCGAGAGGUCGAGGUCGAGUGGCAGCACGCGCCCGAGCCUGGCGGGCAGGGCUUCCUGGUCGUCGUUGACGGGCCGCUGCGCCAGCCUUUUUCGGACUACAUGGAGGACACGGAGGCCAACGCGACGUACGAGGAUCGAGACAUCAAGGCUGCAGCCUUACAUACGAUCCCCAAGGAGCACCGGAUCUCCUUCAACGACCAGCACAAGGUCUACUCCCGGCUGGAGGCGAUGAAGGUUGCCAAGGAGCAGGCAAUCGUGCGCGAGCGGGCCGCGGUGUGUGUGAAGGAUGGCGUAGAUGUGCCUGGUGACAUCAUGGCCAAGUACAGGAAAACCAUCAAUCAGAAACUGGGCAUCCGGGCCCCGCAGCGGCCUGCCAGCCCGCCCCGCGGC